GAAAAGUACAUAGAACAUAAUGAAGAUAGUGAAAAUAAUAAGCCCACAAUGCAGGUGAAAAACAGCGAACAUAGUAAAAAUAGUGAAAAUAAUAAGCAUUUAAAGCAUAUAAUACAAGCUUAUAUACAUAAAACUAAUAGACUUACAUCAAUAAAUCCAAUUAUAGUCACUUCUGAAGAAAUUUCUAAAAGUAUUUAUUUCACUACAUGGGAUGAAGUAGAGGAUUAUCUUAAUGACUAUAGUGCUAGAAAUGGUUUUGCGAUAACUAAAUAUCAAGUAGAAAAAAGCAAUUCAGAUCAAAUAAUUAAAAGAACCUUUGUCUGUGAAUUUUCUGGAAAGUAUAAAUCUAAAAAAAAACUAGAAGCAGCUUUAAAUAGAACACAAAGAAAUACGAAAACAAAAAAAACAAAUUGCAAAUCAUUAACUCAAGAGGCUCGAUUUCCAGACCUGAAUUUUCAAGACCAGGAUUUGGCAAAUGCAAUUCAAAAAGUAAAAAAGACAGCUGAAGUCAAUAAUGAUGCAUCGAUUUUGCUUACUUCCUUAAUGCAAAAAAUACUAGAGGACCCACGUUGGGUUGUUGAUUUUGAACUGGACCAAGACAAUCACUUAGUUCGUCUUCUUUGGAUGUCUUCUGGCCAAGUUGAUCUUUGGCUCAAGUAUUAUGAUGUCAUUGUUAAUGACAACACAACAAAAACUAAUCAGUACCAAAUGCCAUUGGGAAUUUUCAUAGUAAUUGAUAAUAAAUGCAAAACUCGCCUCACCUGCCAAGUAUUGAUGAGUAACGAAACCAUUGAUACACAUGUUUGGAUACUUGAGCAUAUCAAAAAAGCUAUAAGAAAAGCUCCAAUCAUUAUAUUUACAGAUAGAGAUCUUGCACUUGAUACAGCUAUUCCAAUUGUUUUUCCUGAAACAUAUUCAGCCCACUGUAUCUUUCAUAUUGCACAAAAUUUACCCAAAAACUUAAAAGUCAUCAAACAACAAUUAAAAGUGAACAGUACUCUAUGUGAGCUUGCUGAUCAACUCAAUACAAGAUUAAAAGAAGAAGUGCAAUGGGGCCAGUUUCAUGAUUAUAAACAAGCAAUUACAACAAAUACCAUUUCUAUUGCUAGACAAGAUUUGUUUCCUAAAAUAGUAAACAUUAUUAAUGAAUAUCUCACUGAACCUAUUGCUAACACAAUAAAAAUAAAAAUAUCACAAUGUCUAUUUAUCAGUGCAAAAAAGAUUGAACCUACUAUUGAAGAAUUAUAUAGUGAACAAGAAAAUAAUCAACUAGUAUACAAUGGAUUUAUCAAAGACCAAUUUGAUGCAUAUCUUAUUAUGCUACAG